UUAGCCCAGAAGAACCCAGAAGCCGUAGAGGCUGUCGUAAAAAGCAGUAUCGCGGUGAAAAUUGCGAAUCAAUCUCUAUCCAUGGAGGUUAAGAAAUACAGAAAGCAAUUGAAAGCGCUCGAGAGGGACCUUCAAGAGCAUCAAGAAGAGUCGGAGAGGAAUGAGAACGCUUUGCUCGAACGGCUUCGUGGGCAAGAAUUUCUUGUGGAGGAAGAAAAGCGAAGGCGGGAGAAGGUGGGUUCGGGCAGGUUGCACUCGAAUACAUCAAACCAGCGAUCGCUCGAUCCAACUGCUCUUGCAGAGAGGCAGGCGAUGCUCGAGGAAGAGUUGGGUGCUGCGAGGGAUGCCCUACAAGAGACAAAUGAUGAACUUGAGCGUCUACAUCGUGCUCUAGAGAAGUCGAAUGCGUCUCCGAUGGCUCAACGCAAUGCUCGCUUUGCCGAUAUGGAAACCGAUUCACUUCGAUCGAAGCACGAGGCACAGCUUCUCGAGAUUCGGUCCGAGCUUGAGCAAGCUCAUUGCGAUAUCGAAACUCGAGAUCAGAAGAUUGAAGAGCUGGAGGAUGCACUUGCAAGCUUGAGACUUGAGAACGAGCGAUUAGAGCAUGACGUUCGGCAUGCUGUAGUGGAAAAUAGCCAAAGCAGGGUCGAGAUGUCAGAGGAACGACACUCUUUGCAGAUGGAGAAGGACGCCCUUCGUGAUCAAGUGGCUUCUCUAUCAAUUCAGCUUGAGCAGAAGGAAAAUGACCUGGAAGCUCGUGUCGAAGAACUUGACAUUUACGCUGCGGAGAUUGAGAGACAGGACGAAGAGUUGGAGACACUCAAGCAAGAACUUGAGGAUGAGCGAGCUCGUGGUGAUGAGCUUCACGAGGAUAACCUGGAGCGUGAGGCAAAGAUCGAAGUUCUUACUCGACAGCACGCCCAAGCCCUGUCUUCUGCAGAGAACGAGCUCGAACGUUCGAAGGCCGAAGUUGGGAAGGUCAAUUCGAAAGUUAUCGAGCUCGGGCAAACUCUCGAGCGGAACGCCAUACGGUCGGAGCGUGAGCUUACCGAAGUCCUUUCCCGACUACAAUCAAGAGAAGAAUUGUGCGACCAACUUCGGGAUAAAAUCACGUCUACGAAUGCGGAAUUUGCGAAGCUCAGGGAUUUAUACUUCAAUGCACAAGAUUUGAUUGCAGACCAUCAAGCUAGGGAGGACGAGCUUAUCGCAUCUAUGGAGGAACUUGCGCGCUCCCGUGAUCAGCAACGAUUUUCUCGCAGCGCAGCGGAACUUGCUCUCAAGGAAGUCGGCGAGCAGUUGUUCGACGCCGAAGACGAUCUGAAGAGGGAGAGGACGGAGUUUAGUCAGAUCAAGAGCGGGCUAACGAGAGAAUUGAGCGAUAAGUCUCAGGCUCUUCUGCAGGCACAAAGCGCCGUGAAGUCCCUCAAUCUACUUCUCGAGCAGCGGGAAGCCGACCUUUCUCUGGUUCGCUCGGCUUUGAAAGAACUCGAACAACAACAGAAGACGCAACUUGGAAAAGGUCGUACUUCUGAUAGCAGGUCUUUUGACCUAGAUCUUGACCGACUACAGUGGGAACUUCAACUUCGGGAGGAUGAACUUCAGCAAGCCCGAGAAGUGAUCCAGAACCACACCCGAGUAAUGCAGGAGCAGCAUACUCACAUUGAUCAAUUGUCUUUCGAGAAUGAAGAGAUGUCGACUCACGUCUCGUCACUCAGUCAAUCCCGGGACAGCCUGCUCGAGCAACUGAAACGUGCUGAAGAGACUUUGAGACAUUCGGAGGAUCAUCUGGAUCAAUGUCAAGCUCGAGUUGCGGAACUCGUGCAGAAGCAAAGCGCUGACAAGCAGUCUCACCUUUCCAAGGAGCAACAAUACCGUGAUCAGCUAACGGAGCGGAACACUUUGCUUCUCGCUUCGUCCCAUUGUGUAGAAAAGAUCCUCGGAGCUGACGGUAGCGAGAUCACCGCGACAACUGAUCUUGACUCUCUGGAGGACUUUUCCAGUUUCAAGAAGAAUUUGACUUGUCGUCUCACAAGGCUCGAGCAAAUACGGGCCGCAUUCGAAGCCACUGCAAAAGAGAUAGAGGAUAGGUAUUCGGAGAAGGUUUCCGCCGUUAUGCGUGCAUUGGAUGAGCGAAGCAUACAGAUCGAAGAGCUGGCUCGUCUCAAAGGGCAUCGGAGGGAAAAACACGAGACCCGGGACUUGGAGCUCAAGUCUUCUAGAGUGGCUAUCUCGCAGCUUGCAACUAAGGUCACAAACUUGGAGCGGCAGGUAAAUGAUCAGCUCAAGGAGCUCGACCGUACACGAGAUACCCGGCGAGAAAUCAACCCUCCUGCUGAAUCCUGUGAGGAGACGAAGGAAAUUUCCGACCCAGAGAAAGACCCUUCAGCAUCACGAUCUACAACACCCGCGUCACAACCAUCAGCGAGUCCGAAGGGAAAUAAGCAAGAUUGGGUCUCUGUAUCCCCAGACACCUCUGAAUGCCACACAAUGGAGCUUGAGACCAAUAUCAAGGAGCUUCAUCAACAGAUCGAAAUAACGAACAAGCGGGCGGCACAUCUCGGAGCAAUGCUUAAGACAGCGAGGAGGGUGUUAUUCAUGAGUUAAUUGGCGGCCACUUUAGGGUCUGCAAUGUUUUGGAUAGUCUGUGUAUCUUUAUCUCGCAUUAUAAGUAGGUAAUAUUAUGGUUC